AUGGCCGAGUCGGAGCUGAAGUGGCCCGCUGCGCGCGUGCGCAAGACCUUUCUCGAGUACUUCGAGCAGAGGGGUCACACAAUUGUCCCCUCUUCAUCGGUCGUUCCUCACAAUGACCCCACCCUUCUUUUCACCAAUGCCGGCAUGAACCAGUUCAAGCCUAUCUUCCUCGGCACCAUUGGCAAGACUGAUCCCAUGGCCGGCCUCAAGGCCGCAGUCGACAGCCAAAAGUGUAUUCGUGCUGGUGGCAAGCACAACGAUCUCGACGAUGUCGGCAAGGAUAGCUAUCACCACACAUUCUUCGAGAUGUUGGGCAACUGGUCUUUCGGCGACUACUUCAAGAAGGAGGCUAUUUCAUAUUCUUGGGAGCUUUUGACAAAGGUCUAUGGUCUCGACCCCGAUCGUCUUUACGUCACAUACUUCGAGGGUGAUGAGAAGCUGAAGCUGGAGCCUGAUUUGGAGGCCAAGGAGCUCUGGCUCUCGGUUGGUGUUCCCGAGGAUCACAUCCUUCCUGGAAACAUGAAGGAUAACUUCUGGGAGAUGGGUGACCAAGGCCCCUGUGGCCCUUGCAGUGAGAUCCACUACGACAAGGUCGGCGGAGGCCGCAAUGCUGCCAGCCUCGUCAACAUGGAUGAUCCUAUGGUUGUCGAGGUUUGGAACAACGUUUUCAUGCAGUAUGAUCGGCAAAAGGACGGUAGCCUCAAGUCUCUACCUGCCAAGCAUAUCGACACUGGUAUGGGCUACGAGCGACUGGUUUCUGCCCUUCAGGAUACAGUUUCCAACUACGCCACCGAUUGCUUCACCCCUCUCUUCCAGAAAAUCCAGGAGGUCACUGGCGCUCGACCCUACGCCGACAAGUAUGGCAAGGAUGAUGCCGAUGGCAUUGAUACCGCGUACCGUGUAGUUGCUGAUCACAUCCGAACCCUUUCUUUCUCCAUCGCUGACGGUGCUGUUCCCAACAACGACGGCCGAGGUUAUGUUGUUCGACGUGUACUAAGACGAGGUGUGCGAUAUGCUCGAAAGUAUUUCAACGCCGAUAUCGGCGCUUUCUUCUCCAAGAUCUUGCCUGCGCUUGUUGACCAGAUGGGCGAGCAAUUCCCCGAGCUUGUCAAGAAGCAGCAGGACAUUAAGGAGAUUCUCGAUGAGGAGGAGGUCGCCUUUGCCCGCACUCUGGAUCGUGGUGAGGCUCAGUUCGAGAAGUAUGCUGCCGAGGCUACCAAGGGCGGCUCCAAGAAGCUCGAGGGUGAUGUUGUAUGGCGACUUUAUGACACUUUCGGUUUCCCCGUGGACCUGACUAGAUUGAUGGCUGAAGAGCGAAGCCUCGAGAUUGACGAUGCUGAGGUUGAGGCUGCUCGAAUCAAGGCUCGUGAGGCCAGUAAGGCUGUCAAGGAGUCUGUCCAGACUUUCUCCAAGCUCAAUGUGCACCAAAUCUCUGAGCUGGAGAAGGAUCUUAAGGUUGAGCGAACUAACGACGACGCCAAAUUUGCUCAGGGUGACACCAAGGGCAAGGUCCAACUCAUUUACGACGGCCAAUCCUUCCUUAAGUCGACCAAGGAAGUCCCCGAGAAGACUGCUCUAGGUCUUUUGAUCGAUAAGACCAACUUCUACGCCGAAUCAGGUGGUCAGGUCGCUGACACUGGACGUAUCGUCAUUGAUGAUGUCGCCGAGUUCAAGGUUCUUGAUGUUCAGAACUAUGGUGGCUAUAUUCUUCACAACGGUUAUAUCGAGUAUGGUACACUAUCCUCUGGUGACGAGGUUAUCUGCGAGUACGAUGAAUUGCGCCGAUCUCCUAUCCGCAACAACCACAGCGGUACUCACAUUCUGAAUCACUCCCUACGGGAGGUUCUUGGUGAUGAUGUCAACCAGAAGGGCUCUUUGGUGGACAACGAGAAGCUCCGUUUCGAUUUCUCCCACAAGACUGGCGUCAAGAUUGAGGAGCUCAAGAAGAUCGAAGACUUGUCAAACUCAUACAUUCGCCGUAAGGACAAGAUCUUUUCCAAGGAUGUUGAUUUGGAGCUCGCUCGCCAGAUUGAGGGCUGCCGUGCUGUCUUUGGCGAGACCUAUCCCGAUCCUGUGCGUGUUGUCUCCAUCGGCAGAGAUAUCGAUGAGAUGCUCGCCGACCCCAAGAAGAAGGAAUGGCGUCAGUACAGUGUUGAAUUCUGUGGCGGUACCCAUGUUGAGCAAACUGGCUUAAUCAAGGACCUCAUCCUUAUUGAGGAGAGUGGUAUCGCAAAGGGUAUUCGCCGCAUCAUUGCCUAUACUGGUGAAGCUGCUCAUCAGGUUCAACGUGAGGCUGAUGAAUUCUCCAAGAAGAUUGAUGCUCUCGACAAGUUACCUUUCGGUCCUGAGAAGGAGGCUCAGAUCAAGGCCGUAUCUGUGGAGCUCAGCCAGCUGACAAUCUCAACUUUGACAAAGGAUGAGUUCAACAAGCGUUUCCAAAAAAUUUCUGCUGCUGUGAUUGCUGAGCAGAAGAAGCGCCAGAAGGCUGAGUCCAAGACUGCGCUUGACAUUGUCCAGAAGUACUUCGAGGCUAACAAGGAUGCCAAGUGGUUCGUUGGCCGCCUGCCCGUUGGUGCCACUGGUAGUAAAGCCCUGCCUGAUGUGGUCAAGCACUAUCAGGGUAAGGAUAAGGAGAAGACCGUUUACCUGUUUGCUGGUAGCAAGGAGGAGGGUGCCGUUGCACAUGGUGUCUACGUCGGAACUCACCUUGCUUCUCAAGGCGUCACCGCUGAGCAAUGGGCUGCCUCCGUGUCGGAGAUUAUUGGUGGCCGAUCGGGCGGCAAGGAGCCUGUACGACAAGGCCAGGGCACUAAGCCUGAGAACAUUGACGAAGGUGUUGAGACUGCGACAAAGUGGCUCAACGAAAAGCUUAAGCUGUAA